AUGUGGCUUUCUUGGACGGACCAUCUUUCUCGUACGAUCGCUUCGAGGCACCUCACGUAUGUGGCCGUUCUGGCACUUGGAUUUGCCGUUGGUGUCCUGGCGCAUACAUGGUGGGUCUCGGAUGACGAAGACGUGGAUGAUCUGAAUGUGAUGGACGAGGACGCCGACCCUGCUACUUCUGGCGAAUGCAAAAUGAUUUUGGGUGUGCGUAUGGAUUUAAAGAUGGACAAGGGAAAAAUGGCCGCGCAGUGCGGUCAUGCUACCUUGGCUGUGUACAAAGCGGCUGUGAAGCAGCGACCAGACUAUGUACUGGCAUGGCAACGCCGAGGACAAACCAAGAUCGCCAUCAAGAUCCCAGACGAGGCACGCAUGGAUCAGCUGCUGGCUGAUGCUAAAAAGACGGGGAUCCCAGCGGAAGUUAUUCAGGACGCGUACGUGCAAGCACCGAUCGCACAGAUGGACCAGCUUACGCGCACCUUCAAGCUCCUGUAG